AUGGAGCAAGUCACGCAAUUCGUCAACGGAGAGCGAGAUUAUCCCAAAAUGGAGGGCGGCACGGGCCCGUUGGUCUAUCCCGCUGCUCAUGUGUACAUUUACACGGGGCUGUACUAUCUGACGAACAAGGGAACGGACAUUUUGCUUGCGCAGCAGCUGUUUGCGGUCUUGUAUAUGGCUACGCUGGGGGUGGUCAUGUUGAGCUACUGGAAGGCCAAGGUUCCGCCGUACAUUUUCCCACUGUUGAUUCUGUCAAAGCGUCUCCACAGCGUUUUCGUCCUGAGAUGCUUCAACGACUGCUUUGCUGCCUUUUUCUUAUGGCUGUGCAUCUACAGCUUCCAGAACAGAGCCUGGACCGUCGGUGCCCUGGCAUACACCCUCGGUCUUGGAGUUAAAAUGUCACUGCUUCUCGUCCUACCGGCCGUCGUCAUCAUCUUAUUCCUCGGCCGUGGAUUCAAGGGCGCACUGCGAUUGGUUUGGCUGAUGGCACAGGUUCAACUGGUUCUUGCAAUCCCAUUCAUCACGACAAAUUGGGCCGGCUAUCUAGGACGCGCUUUCGAGCUCUCGAGGCAGUUCAAGUUUGAAUGGACAGUCAAUUGGCGGAUGAUGGGCGAGGAGACGUUCCUCAGCCGGGGUUUCUCUAUCACGCUACUGACAUUCCAUGUCCUCACCCUCCUGGUGUUCAUCACAGCUCGAUGGCUGAAGCUCCAAGAACGAUCCCUCCUUGGAAUCAUAACUGAGCAAGAAGAAGCCAAAAUUUCCAAAAAGGUCGUCACGCCCAGAUAUGUCCUUUCCACCAUCUUGUCGGCCAAUGUGAUUGGCCUGCUAUUUGCCAGGUCUCUGCAUUACCAGUUCUAUGCGUAUCUGGCAUGGGCAACUCCGUUCCUCUUGUGGACGGCUUAUCCAAACCUCUUGGUCGUGGUGCCGCUGUGGCUGGCGCAAGAAUGGGCGUGGAAUGUCUUCCCCAGCACGCCUCUCAGCUCAAGCGUCGCCGUGAGUGUUUUGGCCGUUACGGUUGCCGCGGCGUUUGUCGGUUCAAAGACGAGUUCGCCUGCGUACCAACCUGGAACAGCAAAGCCAAAGCAGUUGUGA